ACAUUUCCAAAGAAGGGUCAGACGUGUGUGGUGCACUACACAGGAAUGCUGCAGAAUGGAAAGAAGUUUGAUUCCUCCAGAGACAGAAACAAGCCUUUCAGGUUCAAGAUUGGCAGGCAAGAAGUCAUUAAAGGAUUUGAAGAAGGUGUUACACAGAUGAGCUUAGGACAAAGAGCAAAGUUGACCUGCACACCUGAGAUGGCCUAUGGAGCCACAGGCCACCCUGGGGUCAUACCUCCUAAUGCCACGCUCCUCUUUGAUGUGGAGCUUCUCAGGUUAGAGUGAACCUUCCCGAGGGAGUUGGCUGGAAACAUCUGUUAAUAACCAUCCGUUCCUUCCUGCCUUGCCAGUGGCAGGAGGAAUCUUCACUGGAAUCCCAACCUUCCCUGCUCGAGCUGUCCUGUCAGUAGUGCCUGAUGUUUGGUUUCCUAUGCCUUCCUUCUCUUUUAUAACUUCGUGGUGUCUGUAUUUGCCUUUUAUUAGAAGCUUUGCUCUGAGGAAAAAUGUCUCCUGGUGUAACAAUUCCGAGUUGUACAUUUUAUUUAAUUUGCAUGUACGAAGAAUUCAUGGUGAUGACUGAAAAUAUAUAAAAAUAUAAAUAUAUAUAUAUAUAUAUAUAUAUUCCUUAUUGAAAAAAACCACUGCCUUACUGUACACUUAAACCAAGAAUAAAUAAAAAUCACAAAAGGUGCUCAAAAAACAAAAAAAUCCAAUGUACGCCUUGUACAUGAAUGGGCAUUAGCCAAACAGAGUUACCUGCGCUGCCACUUUUCUCAACUUGUACGUUCUGCUUGCUGCUGUUUUAAAAAAUACUGUCUCAUUUAAGAAUUAUAAGUAUAUAUAUAUAAAACAAUAAAAUCUUGAUACUUUA